AUGGCGAAGUCCGAUCGAUAUAAUGCUAGUAAUUUUGUGAAAGAUAUUGCAAUAUUAAAUCUCUAUAACUCUCUCUGGGUUUCCGGCUCUUUCUAUUUCUUUCUUUCUUUCUUUCUUUCUUUCUUUCUUUCUUUCUUUCUUUCUUUCUUCCGUACUUCUUUCCUUUUUAGGUUCUGGCUUUUCUUUUCGUCCUUCUUUUGUGUUCUUCUAAUCUAUCUAUCUAUCUAUCUAUCUAUCUAUCUAUCUAUCUAUCUAAGAAGAAUGUAUUAUUUGAAACUUUGUCUGAUGACAAAUGUGUGGAUCUAUCUAUCUAUCUAUCUAUCUAUGAAGAAUGUAUUCUUUGAAACUCUGUCUGGUUACAAAUGUGUGGAUCUAUCUAUCUAUCUAUCUAUCUAUCUAUCUAUCUAUCUAUCUAUCUAUCUAUCUAUCUUUAUCUCGCUGCUAAAAAGAGUUAAGUUUCCUUUGCAUGGUGCAAGAAAUGACACCUUCCUUCAUGCAAGCGAUAACAAAUUAGGUUGUUUUCAUUUUCUUUCUCAUUUUCAUCUAUCUAUCUAUCUAUCUAUCUCAGUCUAUCUAUCUAUCUAUCUAUCUAUCUAUCUAUCUAUCUAUCUAUCUAUCUAUCUAUCUAUCUAUCUCAACUCUCUGAAAACAUGUUUGCGUGUGUCUAUCUAUCUAUCUAUCUAUCUAUCUAUCUAUCUAUCUAUCUAUCUAUCUAUCUAUCUAUCUUCUAUUCAUAUCUAUCUAUUUAUCUGCCUUAAUGUCUAUUUCUAUUACAGAACGUCUCCUAUAUCAGUUACGUGGAGAAUCUAUCUAUCUAUCUAUCUAUCUAUCUAUCUAUCUAUCUAUCUAUCUAUCUGCCUUACUUUCUAUUACAAAUGGUUUCCGUUAUCAUUUACAUGGAGAAUAUAUAAUGCAUAUGUUUUUAUUUUCUUUAUGUGA